AUGGAGAGGAGUUUCGUUGCUAUCAAACCCGACGGAGUUCAGAGGAAGUUGGUGUCUGAAAUCUUGUCUCGGUUUGAGAGGAGGGGCUACAAGUUGGUGGCUCUGAAGAUGUUACAACCCACAAGAGAAUUGCUUGAGGAACACUAUCAGGAAAUCAGGGCGAUACAGGAUCUGAAAUCGAAGAAGUUCUUCCAAGACCUCAUUACCUACAUGCGCAGUGGACCAAUUGUAGCCAUGGUGUGGGAAGGAGAAAACGUAGUUAAGCAAGGUCGAGCUAUGCUGGGAGCGACAAACCCCCAAGAGAGUGUGCCGGGGACAAUUAGGGGGGACUUCUCAAUCACGGUGGGAAGAAAUAUAGUACACGGAAGUGACUCGGUGACAUCAGCCCAGAAGGAAAUCGGUCUGUGGUUUAGAGAAGAAGAAAUAUCUUCGUGGGAUUCAAAUGAUCACAUCUGGCUGUACGAAUGA